UUUGCCGGUUAUGGCAUUAGAAGGCUUUGCACCAAGGCGGACAUAAAACUAAACGGAAAAUUGUAUCAGCGGUUGUUUGGUGUAGGCACAAAACUUGUGGGCAUGGCGUCAGGUCAGGAUUUGGGGGGAACCACGCUGAUGGACCUCAUUACAUCAGAUCCCGUUCCCUCCACACAGGGGGCAGGAAAAGCAGCAGCAGGAGGGACCGUUCCUAUGCAUUCUCCUCCUCCUACUUUCGGAAAGGAUAGGAAGACGAAGAAGCCGGGUCUCAUGACGCAGAUCCAGAGCGACACCAUGUCUGUAGCUAAGGUUUUAACUCCUGUCAAAACUAACAUCAUUCCUUCCAAGCAUAAAAAGAAGCCUUUGUCUUACUCGCAACUUGCAAGGAGUAUCCACGAACUUGCAGCAUCGGCUGAUCAGAAAAGCUCACAAAAGCAGCUAGUACAUCAAGUGUUUCCCAAACUUGCUGUGUAUAAUUCAGUUGACCCUUCAUUGGCCCCUUCGCUUGUCAUGCUUCAUCAACAAUGUGAAGAUAGGAGUGUCUUGCGCUAUAUAUAUUACUACUUGGCCAGGAUUUUAUCAGAUACAGGUGCACAAGGUAUAAGCGCUGGUGGUGGAAUACCGACUCCUAAUUGGGAUGCUCUUGCUGACCUGGAUGCAGUAGGAGGGGUGACAAGAGCAGAUGUUGUACCUCGUAUUAUUGAACAGCUUACUGCUGAAGCAUCAAAUGCUGAUGUUGAAGUUCAUGCUCGUCGUGUUGCAGCGCUAAAGGCCCUGACAUGUGGUCCAAUAAGCAACACUGAGUUUUUGGGCAAGUUGUAUGAAAUUAUAUUUGGGAUUCUCGAUAAGGUUGCUGAUGCUGGUAAAGUAAAGCGAAAAAAGGGAAUGUUUGGAAGACAGACAUUAGAUAAAGAGUCUGCCAUACAAAGUAAUCUGCAAUAUGCUGCCCUUAGUUCUCUUAGACGAUUGCCUUUAGAUCCUGGGAAUCCAGUCUUUCUGCACCGAGCUGUACAAGGAAUUUCAUUUGCUGAUCCUGUUGCGGUAAGACAUGCAUUGGCAAUGGCUUCUGAUAUAGCAACUCGAGAUCCAUAUGCUGUGGCGAUGACUGUAGCUAAGCUUGCUCUUCCUGGAGGUGCUUUACAGGAGGUUCUCCACUUGCAUGAUGUUCUGGCUAGGGUGUACCUUGCCAGGUUAUGUUUUACUUUGUCCAGGGCUCGUGUGCUGGAUGAAAGGCCCGAUAUAAAAUCUCAAUUUACAACUGUUCUCUAUCAGUUACUUUUGGAUCCAAGUGAGAGGGUCUGUUUUGAGGCCAUCAUGUGCAUCCUUGGGAAAUUUGAUAAUACAGAAAGGCCUGAAGAGCGGGCUGCAGGUUGGGCUAGGCUGACUAGUGAAAUUCUUAAAUUACCGGAGGCACCUUCAUUAGCAUCUAAGAAAGAAAACAAUUCACAAGUAGAGGAUGGUGCCACUCAAUCUAAAGAUGGACUUCCUCCAAAAGGUCAAAAUGAGCGACCUGCUCCAAGACCAAGAAGGCCACAGGCUCUAAUCAAAUUAGUCAUGAGAAGGUUGGAAUCGGCAUUCCGAAGCUUCUCCAGGCCAGUACUACAUGCAGCAGCAAGGGUGGUACAAGAGAUGGGAAAAAGCCGAGCUGCAGCAUUUUCUUUGGGUGUUUAUGCAAUUGAUGAGGACAGCCAUCCCGAAGCAUUUUUGGAAAAUGGAAGCAUGGGAUUGACUGAAUCAACAGAUAUUGAGCAUGAAGUUACCCAGGCAAAAGUUGCUCCAUUAUCCUCAAGUAAAGAGACCAUUGCAAGUAUGCUAGCAUCUCUCAUGGAGGCAGUGCGCACCACUGUUGCAUGUGAAUGUGUCUAUGUGCGGGCUGCGAUCAUAAAGGCUUUGAUAUGGAUGCAGAGUCCAAAUGAAUCGUUUGAUGAACUUGAAGCAAUAAUUGCUAGCGAGCUUUCAGAUCCGUUCUGGUCAUCUUCAUUAUUAAAUGAUAUCUUGCUUACCCUUCAUGCCCGCUUCAAGGCUACUCCAGAAAUGGCUGUGACAUUACUGGAAAUUGCAAGGAUUUUUGCAACUAAAGUGCCCGGGAAGAUAGAUGCAGAUGUCCUUCAACUUUUGUGGAAAACAUGUCUUGUUGGAGCUGGUCCAGGUGGAAAGCACACUGCUUUGGAAGCAGUUACUGUAGUCCUUGAUUUGCCACCACCCCAACCUGGAUCUAUGGAGGGAUUCACAUCCAUAGAUCGAGUAUCUGCUUCAGAUCCGAAGUCUGCACUUGCGCUGCAACGGUUAGUGCAGGCUGCUGUCUGGUUUUUGGGGGAGAAUGCAAAUUAUGCUGCAUCUGAGUAUGCUUGGGAGUCUGCUACACCACCUGGCACUGCUUUGAUGAUGUUGGAUGCAGAUAAAAUGGUAGCUGCUGCCAGUUCCAGAAACCCAACACUUGCUGGAGCUUUGACACGUCUUCAAAGAUGGGCAUUUAGUGGAAGCUGGGAGGUAAGGAUUAUAGCUGCCCAAGCUCUUAUUACAAUAGCAAUAAGGUCGGGUGAGCCUUUCAGAUUGCAAAUAUAUGAGUUCCUUCAUGUGCUAGCUCAAGGUGGAAUGCAAACAAAAUUUACGAAUACACAACUUAGUAAUGGUGAAGACCAAGGAGCAAGUGGCACCGGCCUUAGUUCUAUAAUUGCUCCAAUGUUGAGGGUCCUAGAUGAGAUGUACAAAUCACAAGACGAGUUGAUUAAAGAGAUGAGGAAUCAUGACAACAACAAGCAGGAGUGGACAGAUGAUGAGCUUCGAAAGCUUUAUGAGACCCAUGAGCGUCUUCUUGAUCUUGUUUCUUUAUUUUGUUAUCUUCCUCGAUCCAAGUAUUUGCCUCUAGGGCCAAUAAGUGGUAAGCUGAUUGAUAUUUAUCGAAAUCGUCACCAUAUAGAUGCUGCAACUGGCUUUAAUGAUCCAGCCGUUGCGCAAGGGAUUUCUGAUCUCAUUCUUGACAGAAAAGUGGGGCAAUCUCAAUAUACAGCUGUCAGUAUGGAAACUGCAAAUGCAUGGGCAGCACAUCUCAGUGAUGGUUUAUUGGGUGAUGAUGCCCCAGGUGUUAACUUGGUAAAUGAAUAUCUUGCGGGAGCAGGUACUGAUGCUCCUGAAGUGGAAGAAGAAAACUUAACCUCUCGGGCAUCUGUCAGUUAUGAUGAUAUGUGGGCAAAAACACUUCUAGAAGCAUCAGAUGGGGAGGAAGAUGAUGCACGAUCAUCUGGGACAUCCUCCCCUGAAUCAACUGCAUCAUUUGAAACUUCAGUUUCAUCUCAGUUUGGUACUAUGCAUUAUCCAUCGUUGUUCAGCUCAGGACAACCUUCUUAUGGAACAGCUUCACGUUUGGAGGAUAAGUCUGUGCCUGGACAAAGCAGACUAAGUAACCUUUCAACAAUUUCAUCAUCCCAAGAUCACCAGUUAGACUCUCGUGUAUCAAGGGGUGAACCCCCAAGUUACGAGUCAACUAUAAUGCAGAGAUUUGAAUCAUUUGAAAAUCCAAUGGCUGGUACUAUGACUCAAGAUUUUGAAGAAGAUGAGGAGCAUAUAGAAAAUCCACAGUUUGGCAAGGCAUUAUAUGAUUUUACGGCUGGUGGCGAUGAUGAGCUGAACUUAACAGCUGGAGAGGAAGUUGAAAUAGAAUAUGAAGUAGAUGGUUGGUUCUAUGUACGGAAAAAGCGACCCGGAAGAGAUGGUAAAAUGGUUGGAUUGGUCCCUGUGCUUUAUGUGAGCCCUUCUUAGAGCAGUUUUUAUGUAGCUAACAAAUAGAUAUGUAGCCCUUCUGUCCUUAUCUUAUCUAAAUUUAGUCAUGAUCUAGCCUUGUUCUGUGCGCAUCAUGGCCUGAGUUUUGUUAGUUUUGUUUGAAAUUAAAUGUGCAUUUGAAAGAUAAUGCCUUUCUGUAGAUCCAUUGAUUCCUAAUUCUUUUAUAGUUUAUCCUUAAUUCAUCUAUCUUCAUAUUGUUUUCCGCUUGCUGAUGUGCUGUCAUGCUGGAAUGAAAUAAUAGUUGCUUCUAGUAAGGUAUUCUCCCACUUCAUAUGUGCUCAUUUUUUUGGUGUAAUUGAGGGAUACCAAGCUGAUUGUGGAUAUAAUCCUAUAUUUGAUUGUAAUAUAUGCAUUACUUUUUCCAUCUCAACCUUCCUUUGCGAACAUGUUUCAAAAGUGAUCAUAGACAAAUGUGAUAGUUUGUUGCAUGACA